AUGGGGUUAUUCUCUAAGAAGAAAUCAGCAUCGCCACCAAGCUCAACUAAAUCCGCAACGGUGCUUGGUUCUUCAGCCUCAAUUAAAUCUGACUUGGGCUUAUCUUCAUCGAAUGAAUCCGUGAAGUCAGAUAUAUCCAAUGGAAAAAUCAAAGGGCUAUUGAAGAAGAAGUUAAAUGGAGGAGGUGAUUCCAAUGGCAAUGGUAAUGUUGAUAAAUUGACUGCUGAUUUACGUCAAGUGAAACUUGAUAAACAUAUGGAGAAUACACAAUCAUCUAGGCUGACAUUGCAAGUCCCACAUGGUGGAAAUGAAGGCACACAUUUGGCUCCUGAGGGUCAUGCACCUUUAAGAUAUAAGAAACGUGUGAGUACCAUUAUCGAAACUGAGAAUAAUUCCAGUGAUGACGAUGAUGAUGAAUCUGAAGACGAUGAAGAUAAUGAUGAGUAUUCAGACUCAUCGGAGUCAGAUUUAGAAGAAGAUCAUUUACAUCCAAUCAAACCUAAAUAUGACGCAACGCAUCAUGAUUUAGCUCAACAAUUAUCAACCAUAAUGGGGUAUUGUGGAUUACGAAAAGACACAUCAUCAUAUUCAACAGAAGAAGCAAAUAAGGAAAGUCAGCAAACUUAUUCAUUACUUGGUCAAGAUAAUAAGAUUAAGAAAUUGCCUAAAUCGGUCCGCAAUGAUGAAUCAAUAAUUGGUGAAUAUCAAAUUCAAUUGAUACAAAACCUCACAACCAAGAUUGAACGAUUGAUAAAUGAUGGGAAAUGUGAGCAAUUAUUGACUAAGGAGAAAUCACUAUAUCAAAGGUAUGGAGUUAUACGGAAUGUUCUAGGAAAAGGAGCUUAUGGGUUGAUUAAAUUUAUUGACCCCGAUGGGAACAAAGCUUCUUCAACGUCCUCACUGAACAACAACUUACUACCGUUGGGGAAAGGGUUAUACGUGGUUAAGGAAUUACUGAGACGUAAAGAUGAAAAGACCAACAAUUUUAUUGAACGAAUCAUGUCAGAAUUUGUCAUAUCAUCAACGUUGAAUAGUAAAUAUAUUAUCGAAACUGUUGAUUUAAUGGGCACAUUAUCACCAACCAUUCUGCUGACAUCAACAUCAAUCAAUGAUUUACGUAUAAGCCAAGUUAUGACUUGUAGUCAAGGUGGUGAUUUAUUCUCCUACUUGUUGACAGGAUCCAAUAUCAAAAACAAACCGGUUACAUAUAUGUCCUUAUAUGAAGUUGAUUGUAUAUUGAAACAAGUUGCACGGGGCUUGAAAUAUAUGCAUGCACAUGGGGUUUCUCAUUGUGAUUUGAAAUUGGAAAAUAUACUAAUAUCAUACCAGGCUGGUGCCAACGAGGAUGAAUCAGCACUCAAACCCAGUUAUCAAUGCAAGAUGCUGAUUAAAUUGAGUGAUUUCGGUAAAUCAUUUGUUUUUAGAACUGCAUUUGAUAAAUCUGAGCAAAAGUUACAGGGACAUCAGGGUAUAAUUGGAUCUGAGCCAUAUAUAGCACCCGAAGAGUACUUGUCUACCAAGACCAAAUCAUCUUAUUCAUCAAUCAAGAAGGAUUGUUGGGCAUUUGGAAUAGUUGCAUUGACGCUACUCAAUAUUCGAAGACAUUUUUAUUAUUCUGAGUCGUUAGCUAUUCGCGGAGGCUAUCGAUUGGGUCUGAAGUUUGUUGCGGGGAACAACACUGAUGGGUACAGUACGGGAUACUUGUGGAGAAACACCGAUGCUAAAGUCAAUCACAUGAACGAGCCUACUUCUUCUUCAGUGGGUGCAGCUUUACUGAAAUUGGAGUACAAAGAUAAGGUGUUUAAUGAGUUCGUUCAAAAAAGGAUGAUUGGCGAUUAUGAUUCCAAAAGUAAAGAAUGGUUGAUUAAACGGCCAGGAAAAUUUGCACCCAUUGAAAACAUAUGUAAACCAAUGAUCAGCAAUACUGAAGAAAGUGCAGAAGAAGGAGAGAAAGAGAAGGAGGUGGAUACCUUUGGUGCUGAUUUAGAUGAUGAAGAUGAGGAUGAUUUAAGUGAAUUAAGGGUGUUGAUUCUAUACAAAUUACUUGACCUUGAUCCAAGUACACGAAUGACUAUGGAUCAAUUUUUGAAAAGUGAUUGGAUGACAGCAACUGAAUCUUGUUUCUAA